AUGGUCGCCAUCAAGAACAUCAUUCUCCUUGCCACCAGCGCCACCGCAGCUGUCCUCCGCCGGGACACCGCCACAAUCGAUGCCGACCUCCCGACCAUGAACUCCGAAACGACCUUUUGGACCCAGAAAGUCAACCCCUACAACGGCGGAAGCUUCAUCGCUGCUUUUUCCGUGCAAAAAGUGGAGAGCCAGAUUGACAACGACAUCAAGAGCGCCAUCGACGAUGCCAACAAUAGCAACGGCGUAAGCGACAACGACGCUCAAUCCAUUAUCGACCAUCCCUUUGUUUGUAUUCGCCCCUAUGUCUAG